AUGAGUGACAAGUAUUCAAUUAUCUUGCCCACAUACAACGAGAGAAAGAACUUGCCUAUUCUUGUGUACCUCUUGGACAAGACGUUCAAGCAGGAGAAAUUGGACUGGGAAGUGAUCAUCGUUGACGACAACUCGCCAGAUGGAACACAGGAGGUUGCUAAGAAGUUGAUCGAUAUUUUCGGCCCAGAGCACAUCCAGUUGAGACCAAGAGCCGGAAAGUUGGGCUUGGGUACCGCAUACGUCCAUGGCUUGCAAUUUGUCACUGGAAACUACGUGAUUAUCAUGGACGCAGACUUCUCUCACCACCCAGAGGCCAUUCCUCAGUUCAUUGCAAAGCAAAAGGCUGGAAAUUUCGACAUUGUUACCGGUACUCGUUACGCAGGCAAUGGAGGAGUGUUUGGUUGGGAUUUGAAGAGAAAGUUGGUUUCUAGAGGAGCUAACUUCUUGGCCUCCACUGUGUUGAGGCCUCACGUGUCUGACUUGACUGGCUCAUUCCGUUUGUACAAGAAGGAUGUUUUGGCCAAGGUUAUCAGUGAGACAAAGUCGAAAGGUUACGUUUUCCAGAUGGAGAUGAUGGUGAGAGCCAAGGCCUUGGGUUUCACCGUGGGAGAGGUUCCUAUUAACUUCGUGGACAGAUUGUAUGGAGAGUCGAAGUUGGGAGGUGAUGAGAUUGUUCAGUACUUGAAGGGAGUGUGGACUUUGUUCACCAGUGUCUAA